AUGGUUUCAACGCGCCACCACCCCCGCGAGUACGACUCGCCCGCGCCCACAAAGGCGUCCACGCCGUCUUCAUCUGAAAACAACGGCGUCUCGUCCAAGAAAUGGGUACACACGCCCACAACCGCCGUCACGCUUUGGCUGCUCUUCUCCAUCCCGCUCGUCCUGUGGGACGCAGCCUACGUGCUGCUGCGCCCGCACUCCAUGUCCGGCGGGAAAUGGCACGCGCUGUGGUCCGGGUACGCGUGGUACGGGACCGUCGACUACAUCUACGGCUGGCCUGCAUAUAACGCGAACAACGGCUUCACCGCUGCGCAAACUAUCCUGAACCUCGUCGAAACGGGUGGCUAUCUGUACUACCUGUAUGUUGUGUACGCGCACGGCGCACCUGCGAGCCGUUCCUCCAAGUCGUCGCGUGGAUCUGAGAGUACGCUGUCGUGGCUUCUUGCCGCGGAUAAAGUCGUCCCGGGUCGCGUGGGUGCAACCGCAUUGUUGGCGGCCUUCAGCUCCUCUGUUGCGACGGUCUCAAAGACUCUGCUUUACUGUAAGUGGCUGCAGGAAUAUUUCUCCAACUUCGAGAACAUCGGCCAUAAUGAGUUCUGGCCUCUUGUCGCCUGGGUCAUCUUAAACGGUCUUUGGAUUGUCGUUCCUGCUUGGAACCUCCACGUCCUUGGGGAGGAGAUUGUGUCUUCUCUGACCAAUGCGGCUCCUCGCUCGCGCGGUCGACCUAAGGCGCACGUGCGACAUUGCGCAAUUCUCGAGCAACACCUAUCUAAUGCAUCUACAAUGACAAGCAAAGAAAAGAAGCGCAUCGCCAUCAUCGGCGCCGGCGCAGCAGGAAUGUCCUGCGCCUCAACACUCGCAAAACACCCGCAGAAAUUCAACCUAACGCUCAUUGACAGCGCCACCCAAACAGGCGGCCAAGCAACCUCACUCGACCUCGACGCCUCCAAAUACGGCGCGUCCUGGCUCAACGACGGCGUGCAGGGGGGCAGCUCCAUCUUCAAACACACAUUCAAGUUCUUCCACGAGCAGGGACACAGCGCACACGAAGUAAAACUGCAAGUCUCAUUUGGAAAGGGGAAGGAUAGUUUUUUCACGAAUGUCUUCCCCUCCCCCUUAAUCGAGCAGUUCCGCGGUGAGAUAGUGAAAUUCGGGCGUGUGCUGAAGAUUAUCAAAUAUGGGUUCCCUGUCUUUGGGAUUCUGCCUAUCAAGGUUUUAUUGAGAUUAUUCCGCUUCAGCACUGAGUUUGGGAAUAAGAUGCUUUUGCCGCUGGUGGCGCUGUUUCUGGGGACGGGGAACCAGACGCCGAAUGUUGCUUCUGGGUUAUUGGAGAGGUUGUUUGGGGACCCGGAGAUGAGGCUUUGGGAGUUUGACCAGGAAGGGCUUGUGAGUGGGUUGCCGGUGAUGUAUACGUUUCCGAGAUUAGGGGAGUUUUAUGCGGAUUGGAGGAGGGAUUUAGAGGAGCGCAAGAGGGUUAGGAUUUUGCUUGGAACUGAGGUUGAGGUUGUGCGUAGAGACGAUGAUGGGGUUGUGCUGGGUAUGCGUACAUAUGAGAGAGAGCAGCAGGAGGAGUUUGACGAGAUGGUCCUGUGUACGCCAGCGGACGAGUCGUUGAAGAUUCUCGGACAGCGCGCAACGUGGAAGGAGAAAUGGGUUCUUGGGGGUGUGAAGUUCUUCGACGACGUGACAAUCACACACAGCGAUGCAGGGUAUUUUAACAGUGUGUUCGAGACGAAGGCCCGAGAUGAGCUCUGCGGUGCGGCGACAACAACAGAGCGAGAAGAGCAGCUUGCGUUUGCGAAGGCGUCGUCGACAUGCGAGGAAGAUGGAUGGACAGGGUUCAAUCCGAUGUACUUCACCCAUUCGUAUGCGAGCGAGCAGGAGAAGAUCGAGAUGGGGUUUGACUGCUCGAACUACCAGCAUCAGUUCCGAGAGAGCGUAGGAGCUGGGAACAGGCCCUAUCCGCCAGACCAGCAUGUGUAUCAGACAAUAUUCCUCGACCAACAGCGGCAGGGUCUCUGGACGUGGGAUGCGAUUGACAAGGACAAGAUCAUUGGGAAGAAGUGGUGGCAUCAGUUUGGCCAUCGGUGGCAGCAUUACCUGCGGGUUGUGCCUGGGAUGAUGUUCAUCAAUGGGAAGAACAGGACGUUGUUUGCUGGGGCGUGGACUCUGGUUAAUAUGCACGAAAUCGCGUGUGUGUCGGGAAUUGCAGCGGCCUAUCGUCUGGGAGCGAAGUACGAGGAUUUUGAUGACUUUGCGACCGGAUUGUUCUCAAAAUAUCUUCUUGCCUGCCACGGUGUGCGCUACAAGAGCGAAGACAAGAAACACAGGUAG